GCCGCGAUAUCGGAUCAGCACUAAUUGAUUGGGGAUCAAAAUCCAGUGAUCAUCACAAUUUCAGCCAUAAUCAUCCCGGCUAGAUUUCAAAUCACAAUCAACUCAACUCUUGUAAUUGUGAUUUUUCGUAGCGAGAUUAGAAGAAGAUGGAAGGAUCACCAAAUAAGUCAAACCCCGAGGGAAUUUCUGGUGCUCGAAACGAGGCAGCUCUCCUGACUUUGAUGGAGCGCACCGGCUACCACAUCGUUCAGGAGAAUGGGCAGCGUAAAUAUGGAGGACCUCCCCCGGGCUGGGAAGGCACGCAACCAAGCCGGGGUUGCGAAGUCUUCGUUGGAAAAAUCCCCCGAGAUUUAUUCGAGGAUGAACUUGUUCCCGUCUUCAUGAAAAUUGGAAAAAUCUACGAAUUACGUUUGAUGAUGGACUUUAGCGGCAGCAAUCGCGGAUAUGCUUUCGUGAUGUACACCAAUCGAGAAGAUGGAAAGAAAGCGGUGAAACAGCUCAACAAUUAUGAGAUCCGAAAGGGGCGAUAUUUGGGAGUUUGCCCAUCUGUCGACAAUUGCCGGUUGUUCGUUGGCGGCAUCCCCAAGAACAAGAAACAAGAAGAAAUCCUUGCCGAGAUGGCUAAAGUGACGGAGCAAGUCGUCGACGUUAUCGUAUACCCAUCCGUCAACGACAAGGCGAAAAAUCGUGGAUUUGCCUUCGUCGAAUACGAGAAUCAUCGUGCUGCAGCCAUGGCUCGACGCAAGCUCAUCCCUGGACGAAUUCAACUCUGGGGACAUCAGAUUAUGGUAGACUGGGCCGAGCCAGAGCAAGAUGUCGAUGAAGACGUCAUGAGAUCGAUCUAG